AAAUCCGGUUAUCUUGCAACUCGCUUGCUUAGUUCAUGUAAACAGACUAUUAAAACAGUGAUACAGUGAUAAAACAUGAGCCCUUAUUUUAUUAUCAAAAUGUAGCGGUUAAAAUAAAAUCAUGGGUAUCUAUCUAUCUAUUCAAUCAAAAGCGCGUAGAACGCCGCACCUAGCGUCUCGUCACGCUGUCGUACAAAUUGUUCAAAACAAAUAUGUUAAAAAUCUAUUUAAAGGUAAUCAGAUAUGAAAAUUCUCUUUAAAAAUACGAUUCAAUCUGCUACUAAAUUCAGUUUCGCGGGCUAUUGGUCGAGUAAUUCUUAUCAAAUACAUUUACGAUAAGCAAUCUCGAUAGACGACACGAUUCAAAGUUAUGUGUUCGAAUUGAAUUAGUGUUUUGUAAUAACCAAAAUUUUCAAUAAGUGAGAGUGUUGAUGCUGGGGACUGGUCAUCAGUGUGUGUAGGAAAUUAAACAUGAUAUACUGAGAUAAAAAUGGGCUGCUGCAUACCACCUAAAGAGUCUAGAGAGCCAAUUCGGUAUGACCCGAAUUUCAACGGUCCCAUCCACAACCGGUCCUGCACAGACAUCUUUUGGUUGAUACUGUUCAUACUCUUUCUUGGAGCAUGGGGCUACGUUGGCUAUUAUAGCAUGACCCACGGGAACAUUGAAAAGCUCCUCGCACCAAUCGACACGGCUGGAGCUCGAUGUGGUCUCGACUCUAGCGUGAAGGACAAGCCGUACCUCGUGUUCUUUGAUAUUUCCAAAUGUCUGUCACCCGGCACGCCCAUCGUCGGCUGCCCCACGCCACAGGUUUGCGUAUCGAAGUGUCCAUCCAGAACAAUAAUAUUUAGCUCAGAAAUGAACCAGCAAAAUUUUGGUGCAUAUAGAGCCGACUUGGUGUGCACAUAUGACGUCAACGUCAAUACCAUUACUUACGCGCAAGCAGUUGAAUACAUGUCCAAUGGGAAAUGCGCUCCAUACGUAUUGGAAAGUCAAGCAGUGUUAUCCCGUUGCAUCGGCGAUCUGUCAACUCUACAAUGCCAGGGAGACAGCAAGUCGAGUCCAAAGACUCUUAGUAAAGUGACCGACAGCUGCGUGAGGAACCCUAGCGAGGCUCGCAAGUCGUUGGUGAACAGAGCAACAGCUCUCGACUCUUACGUCGGCUGGAUCGUAGCCAGCUGGAUGUCCUUCUUCAAACAGACGGACGAGCGCGAAACUCACAUUGUACUGAUGGGACGGUGUUUCGUGAACGUAUCUGAUGUGAAGAACAUCUUACAAAACCUCGACAUCAACCCGGACAUCACGGAGGAGGAGGUGAUCUCACAAAUCGUAAAUCUGGUGCAGUUCCAAGAGUUGUCGGCGCAAAUAGUUCAAGACUUAGUUCAGUCGAGAUGGUACCUGCUAGGUGCUGUCUUCGGAGUUGUGGUCCUGUGUUUCCUGUACAUCCUGCUGCUGCGCUGGGUGGUGGGCCCAGUCGUAUGGGUAUCCAUCGUGGGACUUAUCGGCCUGCUUGGCUUUUGCGUGUAUUUAUGCUACAAGAACUAUGCAUAUUACAAAGCGAACCCAGGGUUGCUGCAUCAGACAACCAAUUUGAAGGGUUACGCUGAAUCCAUGUUCACGAAGCCUGGCACCUGGAUGGCGAUCCUCAUCGCAGUGGCCAUAGUACUCCUCAUUCUAGUGCUGAUGGUCAUUUUCCUUAGAAAACGAAUUUCUAUUGCCAUUGCUAUCAUCCGUGAAGGAAGCAAAGCCGUAACAGCAGUGAAGUCCACAAUAUUCUUUCCGUUAUUCCCGUGGAUCUUCCAAUGCUUUACCAUUGCUUACGGUGUAUUGGUGCUCAUGUAUCUCCUGUCCAUUGGAGACUCCGCCUUCAAAAUAGUCAACCUACAGAAUGACACUACUUGUAGCUGCAGUAAUGGUAUUUAUACCCAGGACUACCAGUCGUGUGAUCCAGCUACAUUCCUAAAGGAUUGUUUCGACAGUAAUGGAGGGUCGUGCAAGCAAGCCUUGUGUCACUUCACUGGACUCGAAAAUCCGCACAGCGUCGUCUACUUGCAUUUGGCCAACUUAUUGGGUUUCUUCUGGACAAUGUUCUUCAUCAGUGGAGUAUCAGACAUGAUGUUGGCCAGCACAUUUUCCACGUGGUACUGGACAUACGACAAGAAAGACCUUCCAUUCUUCACACUUACCUCUGGUAUAUACAGGACAGUACGGUAUCACCUGGGUACCGUGGCCUUUGGAUCGUUGAUCAUAGCCAUAGUUCGAGUGAUUCGUGUCAUACUCGAGUACAUCGACCAGAAACUGAAGAAGUUCGACAAUCCUCUCACAAAAUGUCUCAUGUGUCUAUGUAAAUGCUUCUGUUGGUGUUUGGAAAACUUCCUCAAGUUCAUUAAUAAGAACGCGUACAUUAUGUGCGCGGUACACGGACAGAACUUCUGUACGAGCGCGAGAGACGCCUUCUCAUUGCUAAUGCGGAAUAUCUUGAGAGUAGUAGUUAUUGAUAAGGUGACAGAUUUCCUGUUCUUCUUAUCAAAACUGUUGAUAUCCAUUGGAGUGGGUGUCGGCGUGUAUUACCUGCUGCAGUGGAACUUAUUGUACGAAGUGACGAAGGGUCAGCCAUUACACUACAACCACAUUCCCGCCAUUAUACUAAGUAUUGCCACCUACCUCAUCUGUACAAUAUUCUUCAACGUCUACGAAAUGGCCGUUGACACACUGUUCCUUUGUUUCCUUGAAGACUGCGAAAGAAACGAUGGCUCACCAGAGAAACCAUACUUUAUGUCGAAAAAUCUUAUGAGAAUCCUUGGUAAACGAAACAAAGAAUUAUAAAGUGCCAAAAAUUGCGUACGAGUGUUGUGAACGUAAAACUAAGAGAAUAAGUUAUAUCGUGUCAAAACUUUAAAUCAUUGUCACAAUUAUUAUAAUCACUGGUACUCCGAUUUACACAUUUUAUAGGAUUUUUUACUAUAUUUCUAUUUGUAAAAUAUUUUUAAUAAUAAUUUAGAUGUGUACUCUUUUACAGUAUUGUAUCAUAGUUUUUAAUGAUAGAAACCAAAUAAUAAUUUGUUAUGUACGUUUUUAAAAUUUAUUACAAUGGAUCACACCAUUUAUAAGAGAAACUGAGAUUACUAAGAUACUUUAUGAUUAAUCAAGAAAGAUUAAACAUUUGUCUGAUAAUAAAUUAAGUGGUUUGUGAUACUGAGAAUAAACUUUGUGAAAUCAAA